AUAUCUAGUACAGAUUUUAACAAAAGAAACAUUGGACCCUUUACUGAUAUUGCACUGGUUUGCAAAGAUGUUUCCGCAAAGAAAAUCCAAUCACUGCUGUGCCUGUAUGCCUGAGGUCCAGAAGGAAGAGAAGGAAGUACAGACUGAUAGUACUGAGCAUUUGAAUGUGGAGGAAAGAGGUGUUGUCUUGGCUUCUGGUGCGUUUCUGCAAACCUUCCUUACAAGUCUUCAGUCUGAGCUGGCAGAGCUGAGAUCCACUGUGAGCUCUUUGAAGGACAGACUGAAGAUCACUGAGGAACAGCUGGAGCAGUUCAAGAGAAAUGAGAAAUAUAAAGUGGCAUUUGCUGCCACACUUGGAGUUCCAGAAAAUACCGGUCCAUUCAACACUGACGUCACACUGGUAUACAAAAAUGUCCUUGUGAACACUGAUAAAGUUUACAACCCAACCACUGGCAUCUUCACAGCCCCUGUUAAAGGUGUCUAUUUCUUCAGUUUCCAUGGGAUACACCAAACAUCCAAGGGUAUGUGUCUGUAUCUGUAUCAAAAUGGACAGCAGAUGGUUGCUACAAUCAAUUAUGCUUUUGGUGAAAGAUUUGAAGCAGCCUCUAAUUCAACCAUUUUGACUCUGGAAGAAGGAGAUCAUGUCUAUGUGCGUCUCAGGGAAAAUACAUGGGUAUAUGAAAAUAUACAUAACUAUCUUACAUUCUCUGGCCAUUUACUUUUUCCUCUUUGA